AUGUCAUGUUACACUGUUCAACUUUCUAUUUCAUGUUACAUGUAUCACUUUUCCAUUGGUACAUCAAAAGUUACUGAUAUAACAACAAUUUUGCCAAUGUCCAGGGCAGAAGUUGAAAAAGCCAAAGAAUUCACUAAAGGAAAGAACAAAAAGGCGGCAAUUCAAUGUUUGAAGAGGAAGAGGUUAUAUGAACAGCAAAUUGAGCAGCUUGGAAACUUCCAGCUGCGUAUUCAUGACCAGAUGAUAAUGUUAGAAGGUGCUAAAGCCACCACGGAAACAGUGGAUGCGUUAAGAACAGGAGCCGCUGCUAUGAAGGCUAUGCAGAAAGCAACGAAUAUUGACGAUGUUGACAAAACCAUGGAUGAGAUAAAUGAACAGACUGAGAACAUGAAGCAGAUUCAAGAAGCAUUGUCAACUCCAAUUGGUGCAGCAGCUGACUUUGAUGAGGUAAUUAUUUACUUAUUUGUUAUGUCGGUUGCAAACAUGAUAUUUGUACCUUUUGAUUGUUUAUAG